AUGGGAUCCCAGUGUUUGAACCUUGUGAAGGUGCUCGGCCUCCUAGGGAUCAUCUCCACUCUGCCUCGGACUGGGGGUCUUUUGUGCUACGAAGCAACAGCCUCACUCUUCAGAGCGGUUACUCUCCACAACUGGGACUGGCAUCUCAUGAGGAGCAUGGUGUGCCAGCUGAGAGAGGGCUGCGAGGAGACACUACUGUUCAUCGAGACAGGUACCAAAAAAGGAGUUGUGGGUUUUAAAGGCUGCACCCCAGCCUUGUCUUACCCCCCACAGAUCUCUUACCUCGUAUCACCACCCGGAGUGUCCAUUGCCUCCUAUAGCCAUGUCUGCCGGAGAUACCUCUGCAACAACCUGACUAAUCUGGGUCCUAUCGUGAAACUCAAGGCCAGCACUGCCAUGUUUACAGAAUUUUCUUCUCAUAGUUGCCCAACCUGUGUGGGCGAGCACACUAAAGAUUGCCUCCCAAAUUUCGUCACCACUGAACCUUGCCCGCAGAAUGCCUCGAGAUGUUAUAGUUCCACCUUAAAAUUUCAGACAGGGUUGCUCAAUACUACUUUCCUCCUUAUGGGCUGUACUCGUGAUUAUCAAAAGCUUUUAGCAGAUUUUUGGACUGUAGGAAGCAUCCGAGUGACCGAGGUUCGUAACGUCUUAGAGAAGGCCCAGACUGCAGGUGCAGAGGCUUCCAGUCGGGGUCCUGCUUGGGGCAUCCUCCUAGGCCUCCUGCUUACCUUCAGGGACUGA